AUGAAGUCUCAGAAAACUAAAACUGGGCGAAAACGGAAUGCUUCACCACGCCAGUCUGAGCCAGUGGAGGUGUACUGCAGGAUUCGUCCUCUGGAUGAUCCAAAUGAACCUGGGUGUGUUAAUGCUAUUGGAGACACAGUUGUACAGCUUCUACCACCUGAGAAUGCCGUGGGUAAAAAUGGACAACUUAAAGAGUACCAGUUCACGUUCCAGCAUGUCUUUGAUGAGUUUGCUUCUCAGAAGACUGUGUUUGAUUACAUUGCUCUGCCCCUUGUUGAGGACUUGGUAGCUGGUAAAAAUGGUCUUUUGUUCACCUAUGGAAUUACGGGAUCUGGAAAGACAUACACCAUGACUGGAAGACCUGAAGACCAGGGCAUCCUUCCCAGAUGUUUGGACGUGAUAUUUAACAGCAUAGGCCAACAACAGGCUUCUAAAUAUGUUUUCAGGCCAGAUCGCUUGAAUGGAUUUGAAGUCCAGUCUGAGGCUGACGCUAUGCUUGAGAGACAGAAGAGGGAUAUUAUGCCUAAUUUAACCACACCCAGCAAGACUUCAUUGAAAAAAAUGGACUCCUGUGAUACAGAAAGAAUCACUGACGUAACAAAAGUGGACACAGUAGAAGAAGACAAUAAUUACGCUGUGUUUGUCUCGUACAUUGAGAUCUACAACAACUAUGUUUAUGAUCUUCUUGAAGAGCUGCCUUACAAUGCAAUUACUGGAUACAAGCCUCCCCAGACUAAGCUUUUGCGUACAAAUGCUUCAGACAACAUGUAUGUUCACAACUGUACAGAAGUCGAGGUGAAACAGCCACAAGAGGCUAUUGAUGUCUUUUAUAAAGGUCAGAGGAGACGGAAAGUUGCCCACACGACACUGAAUGCUGAGUCCAGCAGAAGUCAUAGCGUUUUCAACAUUCGACUGGUGCAGGCACCGUUGGAUGAUAGGGGAGAGCAAGUCGUUCAGGACCCCAGCCGACUUUGUGUGUCGCAGUUGUCACUUGUGGAUCUUGCCGGCAGUGAGAGAACGAACCGCACCAAAAACUCUGGCGAUAGACUGAAAGAAGCUGGCAAUAUUAAUCAGUCUUUGCUGGUGCUUCGUACCUGUUUGGAGAUUCUUCGGGAGAACCAGAAGACUGGAGCUAACAAGCUGGUGCCUUACAGAGACUCAAAGCUGACACAUUUAUUCAAGAAUUUCUUUGAUGGUGACGGAAAAGUGCGCAUGAUUGUUUGCGUCAACCCCAAAGUGGCUGACUAUGAAGAAACCAUUCAUGUCAUGAAGUUUGCAGAGCUCACACAGGAAGUAGUCACCGCAAAGUCUGAAGAGAUGAGUAAAUUUGACAUUGGUAUGACACCUGGCCGCAGACGUAUGCAUCAGGAACAGUUGGACAAGAUGGAACCAAUAGGUGUUCCUAUCUUUCCUGCAGUAGAGUUUACAGUCGGACCACCUUUCCCAUUACUUGAGUUGCUGAAUCCAACCGAUGACAUGACCAUUCGAAACAUCGUUCUGUGCCUGACUGAAAGAAUGAAACGGAAAAGAGAAAUGGCAGUGGAUUAUGAGCGAUCAUGCACCUCAUUUCGCUCCCAACUCUUGGAACUUGAACAAAACUACAUACAAGCCAGGAACCGUCUCCAAGAGGUUGAGGAAAGGUCAGCACUGAAAGAGAAGGAAGCUGCUCGGCUGGACAGCAAGAACAAAAGUUUGGAGAAGAAACUGGAAGAGCGUGACAGACUGCUGAAGGACUUGGAGAAGGAAAAUCAGUUGCUGAGCCUGCAGGUCCAAGAUAAGGCAUGGAAGAUUCAAGUUGAAAGGAAUGCAAGGGAAAAACUUAGAAGUGAUUGCCAAAAUCGAAUUCAGAUGAACAAUCAGGCAUGGGAAAAGAAUUUGGAAAAAGCCAGACGGAAGUUUGAAGUAGAAGCAGAAUGCAAGCUCGAUGAACGUGACAGGAAACUAGAGAUGCUUCGUGACAUUGUCAACGAGAAUGAAUGUGCCACUCCGCUCUUGAGGUCUAGAGGACACCCUCAGCCGACACCUAAACCACGGACGUAUACCACACCUGCUGCUCUGCCCAGUGCAAGAUCUGAAUCAGAUAUGACUUCAGUUGGAUCAAGCACCAUUGCAUCAUCUGCCAGAGCAGCUACUGGCCGUAUUGGCAACACCAGAGUCCAGUCACGGAACACAGUUAGGAUUCCAGCAGCGAAAUCCAUCACCAACCUUGAUCUUGCCGGAGUCACUCCAUCUAUCAGUAAAUCG